AUGUCUGAGCAAAACCGAAAGGUAGUACCCGCGCAAUUAGGCUUUCUAGCCAUCUACAAUCCUUCCUUAGGGUCUACCGAUGAUACACUCGACAAUCAAAUUGUUUAUUAUUACCCCUCGAUUAAGCAAAAUGAACACAAAAGAAGUGUCUUUACGGAUACGAAAGAGGCGCGCGCUUUUGCGAAGGAGCAAAAGAAUGAACAAUUGAGACAGAUUGGGCUUGCUCAAGGAAUGGUAGAAUUUGGGAGGAGUUUUUCAGAGGGUAAAUCAGUGAAUACUAUAGAGACUGAGAAAUCUCGCAUUAUUCUUCAUGAAUUAGAAUCUGGCUGGUGGAUAUUAGCUUCGAUCAACCUCACGAUAUUGCCGAGCACAGCAAAGACACCAGUCAACAACGGAAAAUCUGCCGAAGAACAAGGAACCGUCGAAUAUUCCUCUCGAGAAGUUAAACCUGCGAUACUACUCCUGGCAGACGUAUUAAGAGCACACUCGACUUUUCUCCUUCAUCAUGCUGCUUCGAUGAGCGCUCUCUUUGUUCGAACGAAGCGCUCCAAAUUUGUGAGCAUUUUGGGUAGAUAUUGGGAUACAUAUCUCUCGACAUGGAAUGUACUUAUGCAUGGAAACCCUGCCAACAAUUUGUAUGGGGGGAUAAAACUUGCUGCAUGCGGGGAACUUGGGGUAGGAGUCGGAGAGGAGGAAAGGGGGAGUGGCGAGAGAGAAGCCCUCGAAGGAUUCGUUGGACAAAUGGAUGGGCUUGUGGAUGUGAUGGUCUCAAGAUUCGGAGACGCGCGAUCUAAUUCGAAAGAAGAUACCAGUAAAGGCUUUACCGAUCGUCCCAAACAACCUGCUGCCUGGCUGGGUUCUGGAAAUGAACCCGCGGCAGAGGAUGGUGCAAUUUUCCUCGGUACUGGAGCUUUGUCAAGGAAAUCAGUUAAAGAUAUUUCACAUUGGGUUGAGGAUCUCUAUAGAUGGGGUCCGUAUACUUAUGGAGUUCUCGAUAAUCCUUCUUCUACCCGUCGCGCAAAAAGACAGCCUAAGCCCAGGCCAAGACUUGACUCAAAACUUGGAGAUACAAAAAAUGCUGGCCGACCAACAUCUAGUCUCAGUAAGGAGAUACCUAUUCAUGAUGGACUUAAUGAUGGACCUAAUGAUGGACCUGUGCCUAGUCGAUCUUCAAGUAUCAGUACGGUCGAGCCCAGGCCAGUAGUGGAACAAGAUGAUCAAAUUGAUCAACCCAAACUCAAAUCCAUACCGCCAUACCCGAAAGUUCGCAGAAAUCCUGCCAGUCAUACAAGUACCGAAGGCACUGAAAGCACAGAUGGUGAAUCGAAGGGUAAAAAGUUUACGCAAUACUUGAAAUUUGGUUAUGGAACUCAUUGGUCUUUAGGUGGAUCUUCAGCAAAAGAAGAAGAGCGUAGCAGACCCUCGAGUAACACAUCUACUCUUGUUUCUUCGAUUGAUGGUAUUGUCAAUACAACUGGAACAUCAACGCCCACACAGGAGUCCGACGAUUCUAAAGGACACUAUUUAGUAGGUCUAAUGGGUGAUAUGGACAGUGAAACGACUUUACUCGUGGAUUCUAACGACGAAGACGAAGAUCUCGAGAGUCAAAGCCAUCGACUUGUACUCCGUACCUUAACAGUAGAAUUGGAACGCGAAGAAGAUGCUCGCCAGGAAGCUGAUAUCAGUAUUGAUUAUUCCAAUUUUGGCACUUCAUUCAAAAACGCUAGCGGUUCGGAAGGUACAGGUCAUUCUCAUGGUUCAUUUGAAAGCCAAGAUCGAAACAAAGUGAAAAAAUUAAGAGUCGUGGCUUAUGCAAGCAAACCAUUCAUUUUCAUUUUCCUUUUUGAAUUACGAGCAGAUACCUUGGCUUUGAAGGGUUUAUACCGUUCUCUUCAUAAACAACUCCAGUCUCUCAUCAAACCUCUUCUUAAAUCCACAUCGUUUCGAGCUCCUAAACCAGAAGUUCCGAUUUCUCCUCUUGCAAAUACGAAGAAUCCAACAGCUCCCAUAUACGAUCUUCUCUGGGACCCAAAAUUUCUAACUCUUGACUCAAAUAUUCCCAAUAUACCCGAUCCUCAACAAGUUCAAACACAAGAACAAGCGGAUAGUCUUCCUUGGUCUCGAAUUGAAGCGCUAAAUACACAUCUACAGAUUAGGUUAUUGGAUUCUUUGGACUCGCAUUCCUGCACCUCCCCUGCACCUCCCGAAUCGAUCACAAAUCCGACUUCGAAAGUGAAAAUUCCGCCACUUAUACCGGAGAACUCGGCGGAAAGUCAGACGAGUAAAACUUUUAUGGGAGAACUUAGUGAUAAGGGUAGGAAGAAUAAAGAUAUGGAUGCGAGCAUCAAAGCAAAUAGUAAAGCGCAAACACAGAGUACAGUAGUCAGUGGGCCUGCACAUCCGUUUUUGGAUGAUGGUGCCGCUGAGGAAGGGGCAGAGGAGAGGAAUAUGGAUAAAGAGAUUUUUCUAAUUAGGAGGGCGAGUGAUUAUGUGGAGGCGGGACAAGGGAGAGGUUACGGGUAUGGGUAUGCGGGGUGGGGAAUGGGUGGUCAAGGAGCAGGGACAGGAAGUACGGCGGAUGCGGGGUGGGGAGCUGCGGGAUUAGGGUUAGAUACUAAGAGGUAUAUUGAGGGGUUGUUAAGUUUGAAUCGAUAG